AUGCCACAAACGACAAUACGGAAUACUACUACUACUACUACUACUACUACUACUACUACUACUACUACUACUACUACUACUACUACUACUACUACUACUACUACUACUACUACUACUACUACUACUACUACUACUACUACUACUAAUACUACUACUACUACUACUACUACUACUACUACUACUACUACUACUACUACUACUACUACUACUACUACUACUACUACUACUACUACUACUACUACUACUACUACUACUACUACUACUACUACUACUACUACUACUACUACUACUACUACUACUACUACUACUACUACUACUACUACUACUACUACUACUACUACUACUACUACUACUACUACUACUACUACUACUACUACUACUACUACUACUACUACUACUACUACUACUACUACUACUACUACUACUACUACUACUACUACUACUACUACUACUACUACUACUACUACUACUACUACUACUACUACUACUACUACUACUACUACUACUACUACUACUACUACUACUACUACUACUACUACUACUACUACUACUACUACUACUACUACUACUACUACUACUACUACUACUACUACUACUACUACUACUACUACUACUACUACUACUACUACUACUACUACUACUACUACUACUACUACUACUACUACUACUACUACUACUACUACUACUACUACUACUACUACUACUACUACUACUACUACUACUACUACUACUACUACUACUACUACUACUACUACUACUACUACUACUACUACUACUACUACUACUACUACUACUACUACUACUACUACUACUACUACUACUACUACUACUACUACUACUACUACUACUACUACUACUACUACUACUACUACUACUACUACUACUACUACUACUACUACUACUACUACUACUACUACUACUACUACUACUACUACUACUACUACUACUACUACUACUACUACUACUACUACUACUACUACUACUACUACUACUACUACUACUACUACUACUACUACUACUACUACUACUACUACUACUACUACUACUACUACUACUACUACUACUACUACUACUACUACUACUACUACUACUACUACUACUACUACUACUACUACUACUACUACUACUACUACUACUACUACUACUACUACUACUACUACUACUACUACUACUACUACUACUACUACUACUACUACUACUACUACUACUACUACUACUACUACUACUACUACUACUACUACUACUACUACUACUACUACUACUACUACUACUACUACUACUACUACUACUACUACUACUACUACUACUACUACUACUACUACUACUACUACUACUACUACUACUACUACUACUACUACUACUACUACUACUACUACUACUACUACUACUACUACUACUACUACUACUACUACUACUACUACUAGUAAUUAUAAUAAUAAUAACACUAUAGAAGUUAACCUUCUGUUAAAGUUAUUAUGA